CUCUUGCCAAACGCCUGUUCGGCUUUUGAAUAAUAUUUAGCAAAAUGAAGAUUUUUUUGGGCUUUGCGCUACUUUCUGCAGUUGGUGUGUGUCUGGCGGCACCGCUAAGCUCAACAAUCGAUGAAGAUCCUGAGCUAACUGCUGGUUAUUUUGAGGGCGAUAUUGUGCUGAGCCCCUCGCAGUAUAAUGACAUGCGUAAUGGUUUGCGUAACGAAACUCGACGCUGGCCGAACAAUACAGUCUACUACAAAUUCCACGAAGGCGCUUUCGAUGAGGCACAUCGUAAUCACGUGUUGCGUGGCAUAGAAAUCUUGGAAGCGGUUUCGUGCAUUCGCUUUAAGGAAGCCACCGAAGGCCAAGAAUAUUUCGUCAACAUCACUGGCUUGAGUGGCGGUUGUUAUUCGAGCGUUGGUUGGACGAAUAGCAUUCGCUCUGUCAAUCUUCAGGUUUAUCCUUUGGAUACGGGUUGUUUCCGUCUCGGCACAAUCGUACAUGAAUUCCUGCAUACACUCGGUUUUUACCACAUGCAAAGCGCUUCAAAUCGUGAUGACUACGUACGCAUUGCUACCGAAAACCUUAUCUCUGGUACCGAGCACAAUUUCAAUAAAUACGAAGAAGACUUUAUCGACGAUUUUGAUGAGGAGUACGACUAUGGCAGCGUGUUGCACUAUUCAGCGUAUGCAUUUUCGGCUAAUGGUGAAAUGACUAUAGUGCCGUUGCAGGAGGAUGGAGCCGCUGUGAUGGGCCAGCGUCGUGGUUUAAGCAAAAGUGAUAUCGUCAAAUUGAAUACAAUGUAUCGUUGCCCGGUGGUGGUAUAAAUUAACUAUAAAUUAACAGAUCUUAUGUGCGAAGACGGUUGUGGAAGAUUCAAUAAAAAAUUGUGUA